AUGCCAGGCCAAUGGCAAAGAAGACAAGCCGGCGAACGAAGACCCAGGACAGUCCCCGUAUGCGCAGGACCUUUAGGCGAAGCAGUCCAUCUGAGUCGUGAUGAAAGAGCAACACUUAUACGCUGUACGCGACAAGCCCUUGACAAGCAAGGCUUUGAGUCGGUACCAAUUGUUGCAGGUGUGGGAGGUUCAAGUACACGCGAGACUGUCCAGUUGGCUCGGGACGCCGCAAGUGCUGGAGCAGCUGUAGGAAUGAUCAUCCCACCAGCAUACUAUGCUGCUACUUUGCAACAGGAUUCGUCGCAGAUUGAGCAAUACUACAUCGACAUAUGUAGACUGUCGCCCAUUCCACUGCUGCUGUACAAUUUCCCAACUAAUUCUGCUGGCCAAGAUCUUUCGGCAAAGUCAAUAAUCAGAAUCAUUGAGAAUUCGCCAAAUCUCUGCGGGUUGAAGUUGACAUGUCCUGGACGGAUGGACAAACUGGAGCAGGUCACUGCUCUGGUGAAGACUAAUCCAGAGUUUCUGAUCUUGGACGGAGUCAUGCAUGAUCUACCUGCCUGGAAGGAGUUCGGCGGGCAUGGCACUGUCAGCGGUAUCUCCAAUAUCGCCCCCUCCUCUACGGUCAGACUUUGGAAUCUCUGUUGCGUGGAGAACCCAUCUCUCGAGCAGCAGAAGGAGCUUCGAGAAGUACUUAACGUACUGAGUAAGGUUGAUACGGUUGUGAUGCCAUUAGGAGUCAGAGGAUUAAAAUACGUGCUUGGGUAUCUGCACGGAUACGGUAGAGGUCCCAGAAGACCUUUGUUAGCCUUGGAUGAAAUGAGCGGCAAAGCAGUGACAGAUGUGCUUGAUGAGCUUUUGAGACAGGAGAACAGGUAUGAGGAAGAAGUUAUGACUUCUGAAUCGUGGACCACAGCAUGA